UCCCCCCCCCUACAUGCGUAUAGGGAAAAGGGAGGGACGCGAACCAAGCAAGCAGAAGAAGCGCAUACAGAACCUUAACUACCUGGCUGGCUGGCUGACUCGGGCCACCAUUGAGGGCUCCUGCCCGGACGUCCACGUUUCACACACUCACACUCUCACGAAGAAAUUCUCUGUGACAGGCCAGCGACUUCAGCGUGGGGUAUGAACAACCCAUCGGAUGCGAGUAUUUUCUUUAGAUGGGGAGGGGAGGGAAAAGCGGCAUUUGAUGUUUGGGUGUUCGCGGACGGACUAUGUACUACGGUACCUAUACACGCUGGCCGCGGUCCUGGAACAGUCCGAUUGUCCGACACGAACAGAGCAGAGGGCAGAGGGCAGAUGGCAAUCGCAGUGGAUCCGAUCCGUCUCUUGGGCACCUCCACCACCAUCGCCGCUACCACAUACCACCACUACCACUACCAUCGCGCCAUGCGGGCGUCGACGUUUAGCAGACGGGUGGGGUGGGGCGGCCGGGGUUCGCGGUAGACACGGAUCUUGCGCGCGAGAGAGCGUGUAUCUGCGGUUUCGACGACGUCCGUCGACGACGGCGAUCCAGGGCUCCACACACGCGCGGAAGGAAAAGGACUCGCCACUUGAUUACCUACAGGUGUGUGUUUCGGCAGCUGGAUGGUGCAUCCCAGGACUCUGUCGUCUCGGGCCGCGCAGUCUGGCAACGGUACGGCACUCACUCACAUGCGACACGGGUUUUGGACCUCAUCCCAUCUGCGGUGUCGGGGGCACUACUGGUACUACUACCACUAUGAGGAAUGGUAGUUGCUGGAAGCUCAUCCCUCCCGGUGGUGGUGGUCAGGAUCCUCCCUACCCCAGCACGAUGUCGGCCAUAACCCUAGGGUUCCAUACUGUAUGAAUAAUCAUCAACCGGCACGAUGGCCAGUCACAUCUCACCUCGCUGUGAUCCUUGAGGCACGGUCCGUGGCAAUUGGUGCAGCAUUGCCGCCCAUAACUACCCACGCCUGGCGCUGAUGAACAGAGGCACUUCUUCGGCAGAUCGUUCGGACCGAGAGGACGUGUGCUCGUGCAGAUAGCGCCACACACGGGCUC